AUGCUUUCCCAUGUUUUUCCUUUUAAACGCCUUACAAGAUUUAUCAGUAGCUCCAGCUCUAGAUUUUAUUCUUCAUCAUCCGAAGUUUAUGAUCUUUCUAAUAAUAAACUUGAAAAGCCCUUAGACUACAGAAGACGCUUUUCAGUCGCAUUUUGGAUACGAUAUAUAUCGAAAUUCUCCGUAACCCUUGUUGAGCGGGAUCCUACUUAUUCACGAUCAUCAUCAGUUCUUGGUUCUGGGUUUAUUCAUCAGCAAUUCUCACUUCCAGAAAAUAUUCAGAUGUCCUUAUUUGGUGCUGAAUUUAUUCGAGAGAUUGAGCACUACCUUAGCGUUUCAGGUUAUGAAAACGAGGGUUGGUUUGAUUCUUGGUUGCUGCUAAAGGCACUUAGAGCUAAGGCACAUAGUAUCGGUAUUAAUUACGUCGUGGGCGAAUUGCUUAGCUUCGAAACUACUGAUACACUUAUGCAAAUGGGAUUUCCUGACAGACCGAGACGUUCCCCUGUAGUUGGUUCGAUUAUCAGAAGAGCUAUCGUAUGUCAAAUCUCCUUAUGUUCUCAGAUAAAUUCAUUUAACCAUGGCAAUACAACUAUAGACUUUGCUGAAAUCGUAAAUGCCGCUGGUCCAUGGUCUACAGACAUUUGUAAUAUUAUUGGCGCAGAGAGCUAUAGCUUACCUUUUUAUCUGCCUAUUGAGAAGAAGCGUCGGUUUAUCUUCAUUAUAAGUCCAUCAGUAUUGGCAGGAAAUGCUUCGAGGGUGUUACCAGGUCUCGACACACCAAUGAUUGCUGAUUCUUCGGGUAUACGCAUAAGGCGGCAUGAACUUACUGGAGAUUUCGUUGUAGAAGCCGAUGAAUCUGCUCUAACGGCUGAUAAAAUCAACUCUUAUUCUGAGACUAAAUUUUCUGCAGUUAAUACUCAAGAUAUGAUAGGACUCGUAAGUUUAACUAUCCUAACAUAUUUUUAA